CUUUUUGGAAUUUUCUCCUCUACCUACAACUUCAACCUCUCUCUCUCUCUCUCUUUCUCUCUUCACAUAUAUAAGAGAGUCCCUUGAUCAAGAAAUCAGAUAAUUUCCCUAAUCCCACUUCUAAAGUCCUCCUCUUGGAAAGCUAAGAGACUCAACUCCCGAGCCGCCAUGGACGCCGGAGUAGCAGUAAAAGUUGACGUGGUAGGUGCAAGAAAGAGAGAAAGACCAUUCAAAGGGAUAAGGAUGAGGAAAUGGGGGAAAUGGGUGGCGGAGAUUCGAGAACCCAACAAGCGUUCAAGACUUUGGCUCGGCUCUUACUCUACUCCCGAAGCGGCGGCCCGUGCAUACGACACGGCGGUGUUUUACCUCAGAGGACCCACCGCUACGCUCAACUUCCCGGAGCUUUUGCCGUGUACGUCCACUGAGGACAUGUCAGCGGCCACGAUCAGGAAAAAGGCGACGGAGGUUGGAGCUCAGGUAGAUGCGAUAGGGACGACGGUGGUUCAGAACAACAAACGCCGCCGCGUUUUUAGUCAAAAGCGUGACUUUGGCGGCGGGUUAUUGGAGCUUGUUGACUUGAACAAGUUACCCGACCCGGAAAAUCUCGAUGAUGAUUUGGUGGGAAAAUAGACCGAAAAAUAAUAAAAAUAUUUACAAUUACAUUACAACGGUGGCUGUUGCUAUCGUACGCGGUAUGCUGGGUUUGUGUUAUGACUUAUGGGAAGAUUCCUCUGUUUCGUCAUUGUAUUAACAUCGAAUCUCACAAGUCAAACACUGUACAUUUUUCUUAA